UGAUUCCCACCGUGGCCCUGUGUGUGCGCGAAGUUUGCAUGUUCUCCCCGUGCUGUGGGGGUUUCCUCCAAGUACUCCGGUUUCCUCCCCCAGUCCAAAGACAUGCAUGGUAGGCUGAUUGGUAUAUCCAAAGUGUCCGUAGUGUAUGAAUGGGUGUGUGAAUGCGUGUGUGAGUGUGCCCUGCGAUGGAUUGGCACCCUGUCCAGGGUGUACCCCGCCUUGUGCCUGAUGCUCCCUGGGACAGGCUCCACGUUUCCCCGUGAUCCUGAAGAGGAUAAGCGGUAGAAGAUGGAUGGAUGGAUGGAUGGUAUUCAGCAGUGAAUACAGAGCUAGUUUGCAUGGUUGCAGGGGUUUCCUCUGGGUAGUCCAGGUACUCCCUCUGGAGUACCCAGGACUCCGGUUUCCCCCAGAAAACAUGCGCUGUAGGCUGUUUGACAUCUCUAAAUUGUAUGUCAUGCAUGAGUGUGUGCGAAACUCUGCCCUGUGACAGUUUGGCACCCUGUCCAAGGUGUCCCCCCAACUUGUGCCCCGAGUCCUCUGGGAUAGGCUCCAUCUCCCCGCAACCCUGUGUAAUAAGUGGUACAGAAAAUGGAUGGAUGGAUAACAGACUGAUGUACUGUCUCAUGGACAGUGGUAUUGUAAAUAAACCAUAACCAUGAUGUUUAUAUAUUGUCAUAUUAAAAAUGUAACUGUAUAAUAUAGUUACACAAUUACUGUUGCUGCCUUUCCUGUUUAGAACUUUUUAGAAAAUUUACUCAUGUAAUACAAUGUAAAAACAAAACAAAACUGAACUGCUUACUGACAGUCACUUUACUGCAAAAGAAAGAAUUACUUCUAUUAAUGUAACAUUUAGAGUCAUAGAGGAAACAAGCCAAUAAAUGUGGUGUUUUCCCCAGGAGGCUCUGACACAACUUCCGCAAUUUCAGUUACAUCAUACCUUAAUUUCUUGAGCAGUGUGGGCUUCUGCCAAACAGACGAAGAUUUUACCCUCACUAAUAUCAAGAAAAAAGAGAUACAAAAUGAUUCGCUGUUGUACUGCGGCACAAGGACAGUAUGCUGAGUUUGUGUGCCUAAAUUUUGUGUGACAAUUACUUUGUGGUUUUCCAACAGAGAACUGGAAAGUUUGGGUUUCCGAGACGUCAUUGCACCACACAGUUUGACUAACGCCCUCUUUCGUGUUGUAGAACGUAAUAGGUGUUAGAUUCAAAGAAAUGAGGCCGCACCAUCACAGGCAGAAAUGAUAAAGGAAGUGACUGUUAGUAGAGACAACAUGCUGCCAGAGGCGAAGAGCAGCUGAACAUGUGGCUUCCCUUCUGAACUAUCAACAGACAAGUUAGCAUGUCUUGUCUGCAAGACAGAUUUUCACCACUUCCUUCCUUAAAUCUGGGACACCUUUGCAUUCAGUCAUCUGAGUACUGUUAGGGUCCCACAAUUCAACACCUUAUCAAGGUCCCUUGUAAUGACAUCAGCUCAUCCAACACACUGGAUAAAUUGUGAUACAUUCUAAGUUAUUUCUACAGCACCUCUUUCCAAAAAUGAAGUCUACAGCAGGUCCCAUUAUGAAGGAUGAGAAUUGUGUGGUAAACGACAAGAUGGUGCCAUUUGGUACACUCUACAUCAUUAUCUUCCUGAUAGGCAUGGCUGGCAGCCUGGUGGCACUCUGGGCAUUUAUACACAGUAGAAACUCCAAGAAGUGCAUGAAUGUCUACCUGAUCAACCUUCUGACCUCUGACUUCUUGCUGACAUUGGCAUUGCCAGUCAAGAUCGCUAUAGACUUUGGUGUGGAAUCCCAGAGACUAAGAAUUUUCCACUGUCAAGUCAGUUCACCACUCAUCUACAUCAACAUGUAUGCCUCUAUCAUAUUUCUUGCUUUUGUUAGUGUACAACGUUACUUCCAGAUCACCCAGAGCUCCAAGCUGUUCCGUCUACAGGAGGUGGGCUUUGCCCUCAUGAUGUCAGCAGUAGUCUGGCUUCUGGUGCUCUUCAUCAAUGUCCCCAACAUGGCCAUCCCAAUCAAGGACAAGAUUUCUAAUAGCACUUUAAUAACAUGUAAAGAUAUUAAGCAGGAUGUUGGCAAGCACUGGCACACACUCUCGAUUUUUCUUGGCAUGGCAAUUUUCAUGAACGCCUCUGUGGCUGUGCUUAUGUCCAACGGCCUGGUGCUGAAACAGUUUUGGGGCAAACGUGGAGGAGACCCUGAGGAAGAGGCCAGUGCUCACCAUGCCACUCUCAAUAUCGCAAUGGUGACAGUGGCUUAUGUUGUGUGCUUUGUGCCAUAUCAUGCAGUUCGAAUGCCUUAUACAUUUACACAGAAUGAGAUAAUCACUGACUGUGGCAUUAGGAAGCAUCUAUUCUUAGCCAAAGAGUCCACUUUGCUUCUUGCCAUCCUAAACCUGUGCUUUGACCCAGUGCUUUAUUUUUUUAUUUGCCCCUCAUUCAGACAUCAGAUCACACAGGUUUUUACUAAAAGGAGAAACCUAGACAGAAACAUUGAAUCUGACCCAGAUCAAAAGCUACAACUACAGCCAGUUACAUAAGCAGACAGAAUAGAUGUCAGAUUAAAAAAAAAAGUCUGAAACAGGAUGUCAUUUACCAGCACUGCACUAGGCAUGCAGUGUGUCAGGGUCUAUAAAACCAAUACGGAGAUGCCAGAUAUAUAAGCAACAAGAGAAAUAUUAUGUUCUCUCACAUAAGUCACAAAGUUUCUACCAGAUAAACAACUAUGUAAACUAUUAACAUAAUAUUAAAACUAUAAUAGGUACAAUUUAAAGCUAAGCUGCAUACAAAGUAUCUAAGACCAAAAAUGAAUCAGGUUUUUUUUGUUUGUUUGUUUUCACAAAAUAGGAAAAAUCUUGAACUGCCUAGCUUUGCACAAUGAAAACAUCCUGUUUACUAAUUCUGUUUACUAGGUCUACAUAUUAACAUUUCUCUUAAUAUAUUGUGCAUUUUAAUUUACACAAAUGGAAUUAGUUGCUCAUAUGUAGAAUUAAAUAAUCCUGAGAUUUCAAAUGGAGGAAAUAGCAGACAUUAAUUUAAUGUAUUUAGACAAUAGAGGAUAUUGAACAGUUUAAUGUCAUGCAGAAAAUUCUUUAUAGUUUUCUAAAUGCUGCCACUUGACUGCAGGAAUUUGAACAAACAUCAGGCAAACCAUCAUGGUGUUGUGCCUUUAUGUAAGAAACAUUAUGUAACUCCUGUUUAGCUGAUUAUUUGAAUUUGUAAUAAUCUUUUUCAAACACUGAAUGCUUUUACAUCUGUUGGUGGAAUUUACCAUAUCAGUAUUCACAGUUAUAUGGCUCCUCAUGAGACCAAGUUUUAAUGCGUAAAUAUUUACUGUUCAGACUGGCUAAAAAUUAUUUUUAACCAAUUACCAAGAAAGUAACCAGUUUUAUAAAAUAUGAGCACUGAAUAGAUCACACAGGGAAAAACCCUGAAAUGACUCAUUGUUUCAGUGUGUCACACUGCUUUCUCUGACACCCAUUAUGUUUUCACUUUUACAUUUAAAAACUGCUUCUGAUUUAUAAAUCUUGUAUAUUUAUCUUAGUGUGAUCUUUUCUUCUCUUCAUGUUUAUAUAAUCAUCGGAUAUUUUCCAGUAAAAAGUACCACAGAUGAGAGAUGCGGGGAACCCAAAAACAGAUAGAGACCUGUCUAUGAAUCAUGCCUUGACUCAUGCCUUAAAUGGUUGACAAAUGUUAACACCUACUGGUUAUUUCUCAUCACUCCAUGUCUAGACAUAUUCAGUUGGCCAAAAAGGCCAGAAUGUUAAUUUAGCUAUAACAUGGGUUUUCCCAUUUCAUAUGCUGGAGUAUUUUUCAUUUAUAAUUACAGAUGUGGUAAGGAAUGACAUUCAGAAUGUUUAAAAAAAUAAAUAAAUAAAUAAAUUAUAGUAAAUCACUCUUAGUAACAAGGCUUUAAAAAUUGAAAUCUUAAAACAGUAUUUUAACUUUAUAAUAAUGUAAAUGAAUUAAAAACACCAAACAUUAGUAUUGCAUUUGGAAAUAUUGAAACAUUCCUGUAAGACCACAAAAUAUGUCUUAAACACAAACUGAUGCAUUUGUAUAAUUAUGUAGUAGUCUUAUGUGGGAGAGGACUUUUGUUUAUCUCUGAUUGAAGAUGUUAUUUUAAUUAAUAAAAGUCUUGUGAUUUUGCUGA